AUGGCAGUUAACAUGUCGAAGAAGAAAUCAAAACCAUCCAAAAAAGUAACAGCAAAAGAAAUCUGCUUCUGUUACUCCAUUUUUAUCAACUUUCUCUAUCGAAUUCCUGCUGCUAUCUUCCUUCUGAUUCUAAUCUACCUAUGGUCUUCCUCCACCACUAUUAUGUCAGGGAAUGUUGUUCAUGUUUGCGUCUCAUCCCGGAAGCUCAACAACCUCUAUUGCCUCUCUGCAGGUACACAGCCAAACUUUGAUAUCCCAAUUCCGGUAAUCAACAAUACCGCCAUUGGCCCUAGCAUUGAUGGCGGCAUAAAAGAGAUUGUCAACGUUGUUCAGGACGACCCAAAACCUGUUUCUGAAAACAAAGUUGAUAAAGAUGGGAAAGUGGAGGCUGUACAUGCUGUGGAGGUGGACAAUGUUGCUUUGGACGAUCCAAAUCCAACUUCUAAAAAUAGAGUCGAUAAAGAUAAAGACAAGGUUGUAAAUGCUGUGAAGGUUCUGGACAUUACUCAGAACGAACACUCUCCAGUUAUUAGAGGAGUAGAUCAAUCCAGAGAUCUGGAGAUUGCGAACGCUAAGAAGGUCGUUGAGGAACAGUUGCAGCUGCAUCGAUCCUGGAGGUCACAGAAGAAUCACCCGGCGUGUGAUGGGCGGGGAAUAUAUGUUUAUGAUUUGCCAUCAAAGUUCAACAAGGACUUGGUGGGUCAGUGCGGUGACAUGUUUCCAUGGGUGGAUUUCUGCAAGUAUUUUGAAAAUGAUGCAUUGGGCCCGCCAAUACCAAAACUUGGGGAAGGAUGGUAUCAGACUCAUCAGUACAUGUUGGAGCCAAUAUUUCAUUCGAGGGUUUUGAAACAUCCAUGCAGGGUUUACAACGAGAAUGAAGCCAAGCUCUUUUAUGUCCCUUUCUAUGGCGGUUUAGAUAUUCUAAGAUGGCAUUUCAAAAAUGCCUCCAAUGAUGUCAAGGAUUCCUUGUCAUUAGAACUCAUAACAUGGAUGGAAAAGCAGCGACCUUGGGCUCGGAAUUCUGGUAAGGAUCAUGUUUUUGUGUUGGGGAAGAUUUCAUGGGAUUUCAGGAGAAAUGAUAAUUCCCCAUGGGGGACUAGAUUCUUAGAGCUUGAUCAAAUGCAAAAUCCCAUAAAGCUCUUGAUCGAACGCCAACCAUGGCAUAUAAACGAUAUUGGAAUUCCACACCCAACCUACUUCCAUCCUCGUUCAGAUGAUGACAUUAUCUCCUGGCAAUUGAAAAUGCUCACUUCACCUCGUAGAAGCCUUCUGAGCUUUGCUGGAGCAGCACGCCCUGAUCAACCAGACAACAUCAGGUCAAUAUUAAUCAGCCAAUGCAACUCUGCCGGCGAUCAAGUGUGCCGGUUUUUGAAUUGCAGUUCAGGGGCAUGUGAUCAGCCUGAGCCAGUCAUUGAGCUUUUCAUGGAGUCUGAAUUCUGCCUGCAGCCUCCUGGGGAUAGCCCAACACGAAAAUCAGUGUUUGAUUCUUUAUUGUCUGGUUGCAUUCCUGUAUUCUUCUGUCCUUUCACAGCUUACUACCAGUAUCCAUGGCAUUUGUCCCCGGAUCAUGGUAAAUAUUCCGUGUUCAUAGACCAAGAAGAGGUGAGGCAAAGGAAGUUGAAUGUGGCGGAGAGGCUGAUGAAGAUUUCUCCGAGGGAGAGGGAGGAUAUCAGGAGCUUUAUAGUAUACGAAUUGCUACCCGGGUUGUUGUACGGGGAUCCACAUUCAAAGCUUGAGAAGUUUCAAGAUGCGUUUUCCAUAGCUACGAAUAAUCUGCUGGAGAGGGUAAACAGAAUGGAAUAA